AUGGCUGCUCAGUCUACCCCUCAGGUGAUAUCUCGCCGGGGUAAUGCCAACGGCUCACGGUCAUCUCAUGAUAAUCCCAAGAGUGAGGCCCCAAAACCAUCGAAGCCAAAGGCACAGAAUGAGGGCGAGAAGCUCGUUAUACGCCGGCUCCCGCCUGCCAUGACACAGGAUGAGUUUGUCACUAUCCUCGGCCCUGACUGGGAACUCAACAAGGGAAAAGUGGACUGGCUCUCGUACGCCCCGGGCAAGGUAUCCAAAGACCCUUCGAAACCCUCUCGCCCAAGCCGUGCAUAUGUUCAUCUGAAGAGAAAAGAUGAUAUCAUGAGUCUUAGCGAGGUGGUCCAGUCAUCAACUUGGGAAGAUGCCAAGGGCACCUUUACCAACCCGGCGCUGAUUGCGCCGCCUACAGUUGAGUUUGCUAUUUAUAAGAAGAUCCCAAGCAACAAGCGGCGAACAGAUGCCCGCCAGGGGACCAUUGACCAAGACCCUCAAUUUAUGGCUUUUCUCGAGAACCUCGCCAACACUGGGCUGGCGAAUGAGGGUGUGGAAGUCGAGGACGCCGAUGAAGCGGAGAAAGCGGACAUCAAAGUCACCACCACACCUCUGAUUGAGUACCUUAAGGAGAAGAAGGCUUCCAAGGCUAAGGAUUCGUCUUCAGGAAAGAACUCUAAGAAGGACAAGGAAUCGAGUUCCAGCAAAGGCAAAGGAGGCUCCAAGGACGAUGAGUCGUCCAAAAAGAAAGGCAAGGGUGGAAAGGAUGAUAAGGACAAGGACAAGGCACCCAAGGAGACUGUCAAGAUUCUCACCAAGAAGGCCGCAACGGAACAAGCUGCCGAGGCCGCGAAGACGGCCGCCAGUCACAUCACCGCUGCCGCAUCCGCCGACACCCCCAAAAGCCGACGUGCUGGGAUUGCUGCUGCUGCCCGCAUCUUACAGCGUGAUCUUGGCCUGAGUCCUGGAAGCGCCCAUAGGCGAGCGCGCCAGGAUGCAGCCAAAGCUGAAGCUGGGUCGACAGAGAGUGCCGGGGCAAAGGGUGCUACAACAGCACUUGCGUCGUCGGCCGCCCCCGCGAACCGUUCAUCCUCUCCAGCUCCUUCAGUCGAAAGCACAGCACAAUCUACGAAGCAAGGCAAAUCGGCGCGCAGGAGCCGUGGUGGCAAGAAUGCAGACAAGGGAAAGGGGACGGAAACUACCGCAACGGAGACCCCUACGGCCCCAACCAUUACAAAGACCCCCAUCAUUCUGAAGAAGAAACCAGAGCCCGAACCGCCCUCUCCUCAGACAGCUCCCGAACCGGCCCCCAAGGCACAGCCCACCCCUCCCACCAAGCAGGCACAGUCUACCCCUAAAUCGAAGCCGUCCCAAGCGCAGAAAAAGGCACCCGCCGUGAGUGCCAACACCACGCGUGCCUUUAUCAAGCACGCAAACGCCUCCCAGGGUGUCACCGAAGCCUUGCUCAAGCAGACACUCGAGACAUUCGGCACCAUCACCUUUGUAGAGAUCGACAAGCGCAAGGGAUUCGCCUACGUCGACUUCGCCGAUCACGAGGGCCUCGUCAAGGCCAUCUCGGCCAGCCCCGUCACCGUCGGCCAGGCCAACGUCCAGGUCCUCGAGCGCAAGGACAAGAAGGCGCCCGCCCCAGCCCAAGCCGGGAGCUCGAGUUCGGCCAACCCCAACAACAACGCCGCCAGCAGUGCCAGCGCCAAUGGGAACGCCGCCCCCGCCCAAGAGAAGCCGGAGAAGAGCUCAGGCCGCGGCAGACGAGGCCGAGGAGGCGGCAACAAGGCUGCCGCCGGUGGGGACAAGCCACCCCAGGUAGCAUCUGCUGCCAAAGCUGCCGGCACCACUCCCAAUACGACGAGCGGGGGGUGA